AUGAAUCGUUCUUACUGUAUUAUUGUUUUAUUCCUAAUAUUACCACCAUUAAAUUGUCACAAUGGGAAUAUGACAGAUAUUUUCGACAUAAGAGACGACUAUAAUAUGUCGAAAAAAUACGUCGCAACAACAUUGUUUUCUCUAAUCCUGCUGUAUGGUAUUGUUGGCAAUAUACUAUUGACGGCGGUAUUCUGUAGUCGCGACAAUAUGUACAGUCGUCCAUUCAUCUGUAUCGCAAUCCAAAUUAUUAUUUGCAGCAUUUUGAAUUUUGUUACACAAGUAACUAUUGUCAUACCUGAAAUAGUAAAGAAGAAAAUUUCUUAUUGGCUUUCGGCCAUUGAAUUUAAUUAUUGCAUUAAAUCUUUCAAUGUUCCAAAUUUGCAAUGGUCCUUGAAUUGUACCAAUAACACGUCAGAAAAUGGUGAAGUGUUUAAGAAGAUUCGUCAUGUGUGGAUACUUGGAUUACCAAUAGCGAUGUUUGCGAUAUACAUUGCAAUAUUCUACAACAUUCGCCAGAGACGGAAAAGUUGUUUGAAGUCGUGCAAAUCAAGCGGAUAUAAGGCAAAGGUGACUGAUAAAUAUGAGCGAUUGAUGUUAAUGCAAUCAGCAAUCGUUUGUGGAGCACUUGAAAUUGAAAUUAUUUGUUUCCAUUUCCUUUUGCAACUUGCAGUGAAAUUAGCAGGCAAUAAAGUUGAAAUCCCCGUCAAUAUUUUCAUCAAUUGCUAUGUGAUUUUUACCGGUGCAUUGCUACCCACCAUCAAUUUCAUUUUCAUCAAAAAAUUUCGUAAGAACGUGAAAAGAGUAAUUCUAGAGUUGUCAUCCAAAAUUACGAACAAUAAAAAAGCAGCUAUCGUGCCAACUAUAUUAGCCACGUAG